AUGUAUUCGCUAAAGUCAGAGUUUGCAGGAGAGAUGCAGUUUCAGCAUGUGUUAGAAGGGGCAACCCUGGACUAUGGAACACCCUUUUCCAGAGCUCGGAUUCAUCGGGUUCUCACAGAAGUCCAAAUACCAAAAGAAGAUUCCUGCCCUCAUGGCUGCCUUAAUGGAGCAAUUUGUACGGAGGCUGGGGAAUGUGACUGCGAGACCUUUCAGGCACAAGGACGCAGAUGCCAGUUUGUCCCAAACACAGGCAGAGACAGAGAUGGGAUCUGCAAAUCAUGGGGCCAGUACAAUUUUGAAACAUUUGAUGGCAUCUACUUUUAUUUUCCUGGAAACUGCUCUUACAUUUUUGCCAGGGAUUGCAGUGAAACAGUGCCUCUUUAUACUAUUUGGGUUCACAACAGUCCUCACUGUGAUGGUUCUGUGUACUCAUGCCCACGGUCUAUCAGUAUGUUUUUUUCAAGCCAAGAAGACAUUACCAUCUCUGGGUAUGAAGUGAGAAAGGGAGGUAUACGAUUGUUGCUCCCCCAGACCAUUGAGAACGUCUUCAUUGAGAGGCUGGCUGAUUACAUUCUCGUAAAAACGACCUUUGGAUUCUCCCUUGCGUGGGACGGAGGCUCGGGGGUAUAUAUUAAACUGACAGAAGAUCAUAAAGGAAAAGUCUGUGGCCUGUGUGGAAAUUUUAAUGGCAAUUGGUCAGAUGACCUGAUAAUCCAGCACAGGGAAUUUACAGAAGAUAUUGCCAUGUUUGCAAACAGCUGGCACAUCGAAACCCCAGAGGAACCCACCUGUGUAUUGACUGCCCCUGAUUACCCUAACCCAUGUUCUCAUGAAACAACUCAUGAGGAUGUGUUCGUCAAAUGCCAAGUAUUACUACAGUUCCCUUUUCUGAGUUGCCAUGAGACUAUAGAUCCAUAUCCUUAUAUCGCCAGCUGUAUGAAUGACCUCUGCAAACAUGAUGAUGAAGAAACAUACUGUCAUGCUAUAAUGGAGUAUGCACGCUCAUGUUCCCAUUCUGGUUUCCCAAUACGUGACUGGAGGGAUGAUUUUCCUGCAUGCAAUGAAAAGUGUGAAGACAACUUCGUUCACCGAGACUGUAUUAGCUGUUGUCCACCAACUUGCACGUAUGAAAAAGAAUGCCUAGGAAGCAACCUGCAUUGUCUUGAUGGCUGUUACUGCCCAGAUGGUCUUAUUCUGGACAAUGGCACGUGUGUUCCAGUGAGUAGCUGCCCAUGUAUCUACCAUGGCACAGCCUACCCAGCAGGUUCUAAGGUUGAGCAAGAAUGCAGCAUGUGUGUUUGUGCUGGAGGUAUUUGGAAUUGCACUGAACAUGAAUGUCCAGCUGAAUGCUCAGUAGUUGGAGACUCUCAUUUCACAACCUUUGAUGGCCGUUACUUUACGUUCUUGGGCAUGUGUCAGUAUAUUCUUGUGAAAGGGACUGGAAAAGAUAAAUUUACCAUCACCUUGCAAAAGGCGUCUUGUGAUCAGAAUUUUGACCAUGCUUGUAUCCAGUCCAUUACACUGGUGUUAGAUGAAGAUAUAAAUAAACAAGUAACUAUACUCCGUGACGGUGAAGUCCAUUUCGGAACAAACCAAGGCCUUAUCUUGAAUGGGGAUAUUGAGGUUCGGAAUUUGUCAUCUAUGUUUGUGCAAUUAAAGACAAAAUUUGGAAUAAGGAUUCAGUUUGCCAAAGGUGGAGACAGGCUUUACAUUCAGGCCAGCAGCACCUGGAAGCGGCGAACUCUAGGUCUCUGUGGAACCUUUAAUGGCAACCUUAGAGAUGACUUUCUUUCUCCAGCAGGUAUGAUUGAAGGAACUGCUCAGCUUCAUGCCAAUGCAUGGAAGAUAUCUUCAGCUUGCUUAACACCAGUAAAUAUUCCUAUAGUGGAUCCAUGUGACAUCAGCCUUCAAAAUGUUGGAUAUGCUAUGUACUGUGAUGUUAUCAACCAAGAACUGUUUGCGCCAUGCCAUUCAUAUGUGAGCCCUGGGUUAUAUUACCAGUUGUGUCGUUUUGAUGCAUGCAAAUGUGGGAGCAACUGUCUGUGCAACGCACUAGCCCACUAUGCUUACAUCUGCAACAACCAUGGCAUCAUGAUCAAUUUCAGGUCAAAAGUGUCCUUCUGUGGGGUUAUAUGUCGAUAUGGGAUGUUAUACCACCAGUGCACCUCAUAUUGUGGGCGGACUUGUUCCUCUCUAUCUGCUGGAGAAGUCUGCACUGACGAGUGCGUUGAAGGUUGCAACUGUCCAGACGGGAAGUACUUUGAUGAGACUCUUAACUUCUGUGUGCCAGUAUCUAGUUGCCGUUGUUAUUUUAAAGGCAGAGUAUUCUAUCCUGGGGAAGUGAUCUUAAGACCCUCUGGAUCUUGCCAGUGUUUGAAUGGAACAAUGAGGUGUACUGAAACUGCUACAACCAUCGCAGGUCAGAGUUGUCCAGAAGGGAAAAUAUACUUUGAUUGCAGGAACCCAGUGCCUGGUUUACCCUCAGCUGGUGUCAACUGUGAAGUGACCUGUGCCAGCUUGGCUAUGAAUUUCACCUGUGUUCCAUCACCUCCAUGUGCCAGUGGGUGUAUCUGCCCACCAGGCAUGGCAGAACACAAAGGAAAAUGUUAUGUUCCCGAUAGUUGUCCAUGUACCUGGAAGGACUGGGAGUACUUAUCUGGAGAGGUUAUAUCUACACCUUGUUACACCUGUGUUUGUAAAAGAGGGGUAUUUAACUGCACCAGCUACCCCUGCCCUUCAGUAUGUACAGUGUAUGGUGACCGGCACUAUCACACUUUUGAUGGUUUGGAAUAUGACUAUGUCAGUGACUGUCAAGUCUUUCUUGUUAAGAGCACAGACAAUUCCAACGUGUCUAUCAUUGCUCAGAAUAAAAAGUGUUUUGACAAUGACAUAAUUUGCUCCAAGAAUCUUGUUAUCUCUCUGGAUGGCACUGACAUUCAUUUCAAUGACACACCAGAAAAACAGAAACAAUUAAGAAUGCAGCAGAGUAUUUAUAGAUACCAGCACUGGAAGGCUGGAUUUUACACGGUGGUGCACAUUCCAGAGCUGGAAAUUACAAUACUCUGGGAUAAGAAGACCACCAUACACAUCAAAGUGGGGCCUCGAUGGAAAGGGAAACUUUCAGGUUUAUGUGGCAAUUUUGACAAAUACACUUCAAAUGAUCUAACGACAUCCAACAAUCUGGAAGUAAGAAACGCUCAAGUCUUUGGAGACAGCUGGACAAUUGGCCAGUGUAAAAGUUUUAAUGAAACGGUUCGACCUUGUGAGGUCCAUCAGAGUAAAUUCCCAUAUGCAAAAAAGGAAUGCUCAGUCCUCUACAGUGAUGUGUUUGCUCCAUGUCGCAAUGUGAUCGACGUGACUUCAUUUGUUAAAAACUGCCACACAGACACAUGUAACUGUAACCUUGGUGGGGAUUGUGAGUGUCUGUGUACCAGUAUAGCAGCCUAUGCUCACAAGUGCUGCCAGCAAGGUGUAGCUGUCCACUGGAGAUCGCCUAAAAUGUGCCCUUACGACUGUGAAUACUAUAAUCAAGGACUUGGAGAAGGUCCCUAUAUCCUCUCUAGCUGCGGCAACAGUGAAAUUGUUUUAGGUGUAAAUGUUACCAGUAAAUAUCUAUUCCCAUUGCCAAGAGUGAGCGCCCAUGGAAAUGUUUUGUUUAACUUCAUGAUAACACCUGGACUUUUCAAAGAUAAAGACCUAUCUGUAUCACUUGUAUCCUUGGAAUCUGCGGAAAGACCAAACUAUUUCUUGACUGUACAAGAAAAUGACACUGUUCGGCUAGAACAAUGGGAAACGAGUUCAUUAUUCCGCAGAAGAGCAACAUUUUUCCACCAUCAAGGCCUAUGGCUUUCAGGUUACAGUGCAUUCGAGUUACACAGCAAGAAAGGAUAUUUUAUUGUACUCACAGCAAAAGAGGUUAAAGUUUCCAAAUAUGAUAACUUAGAAGAGUUUAAGCUUUCAAGUGGCUUUAAGAUUGAAGAGAUAAUCGCAGCUGUACCCUAUCGUAGAAUGUGCGAAUGGAGAUAUGAGCCUUGCAGCAGCCCUUGUAUUAAAACCUGCAGUGAUCCCGAAGCCAUGGCAUGCUCAUUUCUUCCACCGGUAGAAGGAUGCAUACCAUACUGUCCAAAUCACAUGAUACUUGACGAGGUGACACUUAAAUGUGUCUAUCCAGAGGAUUGUGUCCCUGUAAAAACAACAGAGCUCCCCAUUGCAACAAAGCCAGCUAAGACAAGUCCAGCAGCCACAACAUUGCACACAAAUGUCAGCAUAAAAACAAGAUUUCCAACAUUUGAACCACUUUCCUCUGAAAUGCCAGAAAAGUCUACAUUCAUUUCAUUUUUUGGAACCCCAAACACAACCCAUGUGGUUCACCCAGAAUCAUCAGUUCCAACUACUCAGUCGACUAUGGAUCUGUAUACUACAAAGUUACGUUUGGAAAUCACUACUGGAGACCUUUCCAAAGCAUUUCUAAGUACUACAGCAUCAGUACCAGACAUAAAGAAAUCAACAUUUGGUGAAAGCCCUGGAGUCACAGAGUUUACUUCAUCAGCAAAAUCUACAACUUUCAGGACAUUAUCUGCCAUUUCUCAACCAUUACUUGAUACUGUAACUUCCUUUACAGCUUUUACAACUCCACACCCUGCAGCAGCUGUAGAUACAACUAAAACACCAACAAGAAUGCUGGGUCAAUCUUCACAGGGUCUUUUCCAGCUGACAACAAAAUUGGUUACAGUUUCUCCAUACUUCCCUUUGACAAAGAGCACAACUGCAGUUACACAUGCGACAGAAUUAUUAACCCAAACAAGUCUAACACCACCUGUUGUAUCAGCUACAUCUCAUAAGCCAUCUACUACAUCCUAUACUUCCAUAGUAACUUUGCCUGUGCAACCCGUUUUUACAACCACUUUGACAAGCGUUCAUACAGGAACCUCCAGGGCACAGCUAACAAGCACUUUGACUCAAACGUCUUUGCUAAAUGACACUCUUUCUACUUUACCUCUCCUAAGAACAACAAGCAUGGGAAUUUCUGCAGGACCAGGGACCAUACCAACAUCGCCAUUAACACAUUUUUCACCAGUGACUACACGUGUAAGUGAUAUAACAUCACAGUCUGCUCCUGGUCUGCAUGAAACUUCAAAAUUGAUCACACAAACAAAAAUGACAGAGAGAAAACAAGACUUAAUUACCAUGUCACCAACAUUUAUUACCUCUUAUAGUCCCUUAGAGCCAACCACAGAAAUAACAUCUAGCCUCAGCCUGUCAAAAUUACCAACUACAGUACACUUCCAAACGUCUUCACAGACUCCUAGUACAAUUACCAAAAUAGUAUUACCAACAAAAAAGACUACACCUGUGGAAGCUUUAGAUAUUGUUUCUCGGUACUUUCAAUCUACUGUGUCAUCAGGAACAAGUCAGCAAACUUUUCAUGUUUCUACAGUUGUAUCCCAAAAAGAUGAAGACACGCAGACUUCCACAAAAAAUAUGUCGUCUAUUUCUAAUGUAACACUUAUUCAAACACCAGCAGUGACCUUAAGUACUAAGAAAUUUCCAAAGACCACGGAAACAGCAUUGAAAACCAUUUCUCAAUACACUUCUAAAGUAUCUCUCGGAACACACUUUACUACAAGGGAACCGUUUACUCAUGGUUUAGAAAGCAAAUCUACAGAACAUGUUACAUUUACUAAACGCUCUUUAGAUACAAGUUCUCCUAUGGAAAUUUCAAAGGAACCUGAACUAACUACAGCAAUAACCAUAACUGACUCAACAUUGCCACACAUCUCCAAAAGUGCUUUACUUACCACUUCUUUCCCAGUUCCAACCCCUACAACCGUAAAACCAAGUUCAUCCACAUACCUCUCUGAAUCUACAACAGUUACAGGUUCAACUAUCGACACCACUAAAAAACUUACGGAGACACCACAAGCUGCAACAGUGCUGCCAGUGACUGCAGAACAAGAUGCAAUAUCUUCUACAACAUCCGCAGCUAAUGUUACUACCUCCGAGGAAAAACCUCUGUAUGUAACCAGUGAAGCACCCUAUUUUAAUGUUAGCCAAACUUGGAUGACAACUCAAGAAAAGACCUAUAAAUCACAAUCAACUGUAUCUGCAGAGACAACAUCUCCUUCAGCGUUUACUAAUAUUACACAGUCUGACUUGUCCAAAGUCCCACUGGAAAAAACAUUAAAACCUUUAUAUAACAUCACUGAACCAACAGAGCUCGUAUCCACAUUUUCAGAAAAUAUCACUCAUGUCUCCUUUGAUUCUGUAGCUAGCAGUUUCCACCCGUUUGAUACCAUGAGUUCAGAAGCUGCUUCUGAGAUGGCGAUUAAUGGUACUUCCUCAACAGACUACUACUCUUUUGGCACAAUGCUCCACACGAGCAGUCCUUCUGAGUGCUUGCCCCGAUACUUUGAGCCCCUGGACCCAUGCAGUCAGUACGUGUGUAUUAACAUGGGCUGGAUGCUAUACAACGUCUCAAGUAACUGUCACAAAAAUGUAGAAAAACCAGAUUGUGGCUUUCGUGGGAUGCCUGUUCAAGUGAAUAGUGAUAGCUGCUGCCCAGAAUGGGAAUGUCCCUGUCAGUGUUCUGUAUUAUCAGAACUGAGUAUCAUCACAUUUGACGGAAACAACAUUGCGUUGUAUAAUGCUGCACCCUAUAUUUUAGUAAGGCUUCCAAAAGAAACUAUUGUAGCACAUAUUGAAAAAUGCCCACCAAGUCUGAGUGUCAACUCAAUAAGAAAGCUGGUUGGUGCUGGAGGAACAUCUGGGUUGUGUUUUAAGAAGCUGAAUGUGACAACAGCAAAUUUUGAAGUUCUAAUAAACCGUUUGGAUAGGAAGGUAGAGGUGAAUUCAGUAAGCCAACCCUUGCCGUUCUCAAAACAAGGACUCUGCAUUCAGGAUACUGGAGCCAUGUAUGUCAUUAACACGCCAGCAGGCAUCAGCAUUAAAUGGACCCAUGUUACAGGCAUUAUAGACAUACAGUAUGGUCUACAUUCUAAUCUCUCCACCAAAACAGAAGGUCUAUGUGGUAUUUGCAAUGGAGAUCCAAGCGAUGAUUUAAAGAUGCAGAACAGAACAAUAAUAACAAAUAAGGAAGACAUUGAAGCAUUUAUUAAAAGCUGGGAGAUUGAGAAAUCAAUUGAUGUCACCACAAGACGUCCCAUGAGAAACUGUACUGAGGAUAACUGUACUUACUGCAUGGAGCUGCUGAACCGAAAGGUUUUUGCCCCGUGCCAUAGGAAAGUUGCACCUCAAGAUUUCUGUGAGAAGAUGUGGAUCAACAACACCUAUUUCCUAAACUAUGAAUGUGAUGCACUUUCCGCCUAUGUGGCAUUGUGCAACAAGCAUAAUAUCUGCAUCAGAUGGAGAACAAGAGAUUACUGCACAUUGACUUGUCCAGAGGGCAAGGAAUAUCAGGCAUGUGUGCAACCAUGCGCUGCGAAAACGUGCUUAAAUAAAUGGUACUAUGAGGAGUCUCACUGCUCCCAUCUAAGGGAAGACUGUGUGUGCAAAAAGGGAACCAUUCUACACAGGACUGAUUCUGAGCUGUGUAUUCAGGAAGAAAAAUGCGCUUGUACAGAUAAUGAAGGAAAUCCACAUUCUCCGGGAGAAGUAUGGAAUUCAUCUGUCAACCGAUGCUGUUUGUCUAAAUGUCUAGAAAAUGGAAGUGUGGUUGCUGUAGAACCUGACUGCAGUAACGAGCCUGUGCCAACAUGUCAACGGGAGGGUGAGAUUCUUAUCAGUGUCAUUGAAGAUGGAGUCUGCUGUCCAAGGAAAGUGUGUGAAUGCAAUAUGUCCUCAUGUGAGAAAGCUAUAUCCUGUAAAACCGGAGACAGACUGGUUGCUACUUAUAAUCCCCAAACCUGCUGUCCUCAGUAUCGUUGCGAGUGUGACCCUUCUGCUUGUCCUCUCAUUCCACGUCCAACUUGCAAAGGAGAUCAGAUCGCAGUUGAAGUAAGACAAGAUGAUCCUUGUUGCUUUUCCUAUAUUUGUGUUUGUGAAUCCUGUACAGAACCUGUUCCAGUUUGCAGUGACGGAGAAAUUCUUACAGUGGAUUUGAAUACCACACACCAGUGUUGCCCCCAUUACAUGUGUGUAUGUGAUGAAAAUCUCUGUGCUACGCCACAGCUGCACUGUUUUGCUGACACAAGGCUGGUUAAGAAGAAUGGUUCUGGAAAUUGUUGUCCUGAGUGGUCCUGUGAGUGCAGCUGUGACAAUGUGACAGUAUUGGAGUGCCAAUUGGGAGAAGUGCUGAGAAUGGAUGCUGAACAUCAAAGUCCAUGUGGAUGUACUCGUUACUUUUGUGAAAAGGAAGACAUAUGUGUGUUCCAAGGGGUUACUUUACUUCACCCUGGCCAAUCCCUUAUACAGUAUUUAGAUGGAGAACUUUGUUACAUGGUACACUGUUUAAAUGAGAAAAAUAAUACAACUGGAUUCCAUGCCAUGGAAAUUGCAACGGUGAACUGUUCAAAGCAGUGUGCGCCUAAUCAGGUAUAUAUUCCUUCCUCAGACCAUCACACAUGCUGUGGAACAUGCAAAAACGUGUCCUGCACUUUCUAUAAUGAUAACGGCACAGUAGCUGUAUAUGAGGUGGGAACCAUGUGGAUCUCUAAUUGCACCAAAUAUGAGUGUACGAAGACUGCUGUUGGUGCUAUGAUACUGGGCUCUGGUGUUGUCUGUCCGCCUUUCAAUGGGAGUGAAUGUUUAAAGAACGGAGGAACCAUCCAGGAGUAUAAUGAUGGCUGCUGCAAGAUAUGUACAAAGGAAGAAAAAAUCUGUCAGAAAGUGGCAGUCAGAACCACAAUACGGAAGAGUGACUGUAUGAGUCAAACCCCCAUAACCGUGGCUUCUUGUGAUGGGAAAUGCCCAUCUGCUACAAUCUUUAACGUCAACCUUGAUAGCCAUAUAAGAUUCUGUAAGUGUUGCCGUGAGAAUGGAGUGCAGAAUCUGACCGUGCCACUCUACUGCUCAGGAAAUGGAACACAAGUGAUGUAUGUCAUACAGGAGCCACUGGACUGUUCUUGUCAAUGGAAUUAAACAGAUUUCCUUUUCCAGUUACGCGGUGCAAUGGAUUCUCUUUUUGAACCAGACGUCUCCUAAAACACAGAUCAAUUACUUACCGAGGCAUCACAUUUUGUACGGACCAAGUUAUUGGUCUAAAAGUGUAUAUGAACAAAUUAUAAAGACUGCAAGAUAAGCAUGUAAACUUUUUACGGUUGUGAUUAUUGAGACAUCAACAUCGCUUUUAACAUUAUGUAUCUGGAAUAAAAUGUUUGUUUUAGCAAAUUUCUUGUUUUCAGUAGAAAAAAAAACAUGUUCAUAUCAUUCUGUAAAAUGUGUUGAUAAUUAACUUUCACUGUUGGAAAGCUAUAUAUAAAUAUAUCCAGUAUCAUGUUAAUUAAGAAAUAAAUGACUUCAAUACAACCUGCAGUAGUACACUUUAAUCUGUAUGUGACUUUUAUAGUAAAGUUGUUUAAUGACUUCGGUGCCUAAUAAUUAAUUUGUAAAAUGUAUAUUUUAUUA